GCACCCGUAGUUGGGAACCGUGGAACCCUGGUCCGGGCCGGGAGGGUGGCUUCACGGAUCGGAGGCUCGGGUGGGCCUCGCGCCGGCUGGGCUGCGUCUCGCCCCGGGAGGGGAACGCGAGCGUGGGCCGGACCCGCGGGCGACGCGCGGAGCGGCUGGUCCCGUCAUGGCCGACUACUGGAAGUCACAGCCAAAGAAAUUCUGCGAUUACUGCAAGUGCUGGAUAGCGGACAAUAGGCCUAGUGUUGAAUUUCAUGAAAGAGGAAAGAAUCAUAAGGAAAAUGUUGCAAAGAGGAUCAGUGAGAUUAAACAGAAAAGCCUGGAUAAGGCAAAGGAAGAAGAAAAGGCAUCCAAGGAGUUUGCUGCAAUGGAGGAAGCUGCCCUGAAAGCAUACCAAGAGGAUUUGAAAAGGCUUGGCUUAGAAUCAGAAAUUUCAGAGCCAAGCAUAUCACAAAAAACCAGCACUGUCCCACCCAUCUCUGCAUCAAAUCAGCAGAAAGAAAAAAAGAAAAAGAAAAAAGACCCUUCAAAGGGCAGAUGGGUAGAAGGCAUAACCUCCGAGGGUUACCAUUACUAUUAUGAUCUUAUCACAGGAGCAACUCAGUGGGAGAAACCUGAAGGAUUUCAAGGAAACUUAAAAAAGACAGCAGGGAAGGCUGUUUGGGUAGAAGGUUUAAGUGAAGAUGGUUAUACCUAUUAUUAUAAUACAGAAACAGGAGAAUCCAGAUGGGAAAAACCUGAUGAUUUUAUUCCACACUCUGGCGAUCUGCUUUCUAGUAAAGUCAAUGAAAAGUCACUUGGCACCCUGGAAGAAUCCAAAUCAUCAAAUUCACAUAGUGAUUCUGAUGGGGAACAGAAAGCACAAAAAAUAGAGGUCACUACAGAAACACCGAAGCUAAAAAUAAAGUUUAAGGUAAAAAAUAAAAAUAGUGAUAAAGGAAAUGAACCUGAAAAACAGAAAGAAACAAAUAUCCAAGAGCAGAAUUCAUCAGGUUCAAAUGAAAAAUCCAAAGCUCAUAAAAAAUCAAACCCAUAUGGAGAAUGGAAGGAAAUUAAACAAGAAGUUGAGUCUCAUGAGGAGGUAGAUUUGGAACUUCCAAGCACUGAAAAUGAAUAUUUAUCAACUACAGAAGCUGCUGUCGGUGUGGAACCCAAAGUAGUUUUUAAAGAAAAAACAGUCACUUCUCUUGGAGUUGUGGCAGAUGGAGUGGCCCCAGUAUUCAAAAAGAGAAAAAUGGAAAAUGGAAAAUCUAGAAAUUUAAGACAACGAGGUGACGAUCAGUAAUUGGAAAAAGCUUUUGGAACAGGAUGCAGACUACACAUCUUAAAAGCUUCUCUGUGUUAUUUCUAAAUACUUUAAUGCUAAAAAUUUAGAUUUAUUCUAAAUGUAUUUUAUGUGAAUUUAAAAUAAAUCUUUUUUUAUGUGAAA